AUGUCAGCUUAUAACGCUAUUGGUGAAGCAGGUUUUUUGUCAUCUCCAUCGUAUUGGGAUACAUCUCACCAUCACACUGAUUGUCUCUCUAGUGAUACGUCCGAAGAAGCGGUGGCUCAUAAAACAAUUAUUGUCGCUGGUACAGAAAGCGGUAAUUUGUACGGAUGGUAUGUCGAAGCGCUUUGGGAUAACGAUUUCACUCUGCGAUCGAUUGAGAAGGCAAAUGUGCGAGUCCAAGAUGCACACUCGUCUCAUAUUAUUCAACUGGCGAGCUUAGAUGCAGUCAGAGGGCAACGCGCUUUGCUAGCGUCGGUGGGUACCGGCGGUAUCAUCAAACUAUGGAGCAUUCCGUCAUUAAAACUGAUCGGUUAUGUCAACAGCGUUGCUGAGGGUUAUCCAGUAUCUCCAUCUUGUAUUGAGUUGAUGAGAAAUCAAGAAAACAACGUUGGAUCGGGUGGUCAAAAAGCUGGAGGAAAACUGCAUGUGAGCGUGGGUUACGACGAUGGUCGAUUGGCUGUUUGGUGCGUAAAUGUUAAGCGAGUUUCGUUUCAAAAACUGGAGGCGUCAACGAAACACGAGCGACGGGUAACAAAGAUCUGUCGCAUUGCGAGGGAUGUGGUCUCUUCAGAGUUGACUGAAUUCCUGAGCAGCUCUCUCGAUAUGACUGUAAUUCACUGGCAAAUUUCGGAAUGCGGCAGUGUACAAGAAAAGCGAUACUUCGAUAUUGGCGCCGCGAUCGUCGAUAUGGUGUUGGUAAACGAACAGGCGAUUGUCGCUUUAGCUCACGAGGUUUGCAAGUUCACAUUUGCCCCAAGCAGCAAUAAUGAUAAGAGGUACUUGAUGAAUCCGAAGGAGACCACCUCUGACGCUGAUAAACACACUAGUGAACCUCUAGCCGAUGACGAAUACCCUGAUACGCCGACAACUCGAUCUGUUGAGGACUCUACAGAGCUAUCGACGCCAUCACACAAGACGUGUCGUUGCUGA